UCCCUCCCAGAGCAGCAUAGCAGAGUGGAGCGCUCGCAUCACAAGGUCACCCUAUCUCACCGCUGGCUCCUCUGCAUUGGCAGAAGAGGGUUGCUGGGUUUGUACACGGCUGGGGCGGGAGCAGCAGGGAGGGGGGGAAAGAGAUCUGGGUUUUUUUUCUCCCCUCCCUUAAGCAAAGCCACAAUGGAAACCAGGAAGGAGAUGGUGAUGUUUCUGGAGGGGACUACUCUUGGCGCUCUAGUUGGCAAGAGGGUGCCUAAUUUGUCCGAAGCAGUGGGGAGCCCCGCUGCGGAGCCGCAGGAGAAGAUGAUCCAUCGGAACUGCAUCAGCCCCAGACCUGGCCCCUUGUCGUCCCGGGAGAGAGGAGGAGGAGGAGGUGGUGGAGGAGAAGACGAAGAGGAGGUGGAGGUGCUGCCAGGGACAGGGACGGUGCCGGAGAGCCGCUCGGCGGCGGCAGCACUGCUUUCGGCCGGACAGCAGCCCCCCGUCCCGGAGCUCCCCUCCAGCAAAGGGCAGCAGAGCAGCUCGGACACCGAGUCGGAUUUCUAUGAGGAAAUCGAGGUGAGCUGCACCCCGGACUGCGCCACGGGGAGCGCCGAGUACCAGCACAGCAAAGGGCCGUGCUCCGAGGCGCUGGCCGGCAGCCCCAGCGGCGGGGGGGAUCACCCCAAGGGCAGCGGAGGCAGCGGUGGCUCCCAGGGCUCGCUGGCCUGCAGCGCCAGCGACCAGAUGCGCCGCUACCGCACCGCCUUCACCCGCGAGCAGAUCGCCCGGCUGGAGAAGGAGUUUUACCGGGAGAAUUACGUGUCCAGGCCCCGGAGAUGUGAGCUGGCGGCUGCUCUAAAUCUGCCAGAAACCACCAUCAAGGUUUGGUUCCAGAACCGCAGGAUGAAGGACAAGCGGCAGCGCCUGGCCAUGACCUGGCCUCACCCGGCCGACCCGGCGUUUUACACGUACAUGAUGAGCCACGCCGCAGCCACCGGGAACCUGCCGUACCCAUUCCCGUCCCACCUGCCCCUGCCCUACUACUCCCACAUGGGCAUCGGCGCCACAUCGGCCUCUGCCGCCACCCCUUUCAGUACCCCCCUGAGGCCUCUGGACACCUUCAGGGUCCUGUCCCACCCGUACCCGAGACCUGAACUGCUGUGCGCCUUCAGACAUCCCUCUCUCUACCCUGCCCCGACUCAUGGACUCAGCAGCGCAGGGGGCAGCCCCUGCUCCUGCCUGGCAUGCCACAGCGGCCAGUCCAACGGGCUGGCGCAGAGACCCUCCGGAUCAGACUUUACCUGCUCGGCCACAACCAGGACUGACUCCUUUCUCACUUUCACGCCCUCUGUGCUGAGCAAAGCCACCUCAGUUUCCAUGGACCAGAGGGAAGAAGUACCUUUAACGAGAUAAACCUUUGUCUCAGGGUUAUGAAACACUCAUCCCUUUCCCGGACUUCUCUUCGAGUUAAUGUACC